AUGGCGCAUGCACUCAUUCUUGGGGCGUCUGGCAUCUCCGGAUGGUCACUGUUGAAUCAAGCGAGGAGCUACCCCACUCCAACGACAUUUGCUCGCAUCACUGGCACUACCAACCGUCCUCUGACCUUGGACCAAACUCACAUUCCCAACGAUCCUAGAGUACAUAUCGCUUCUGGAAUUGACUUUACCAAACCGGUAGAGGAAGUUGCCCGUUCACUGAAAGAGAAGAUUCCAGAUGUGAAGACGGUCUCUCAUGUUUUUUACACGGCAUAUGUACAGACAAGCGACUUCGAGAGCCUGAAAAAAGUGAACAUCGGCCUCCUGGAUGUCGCCGUUCGAGCGAUCGAGGCUGUUUCAUCCAAUCUCCAGGACGUUGCGAUUCGGCCGCCGCUGAAGGAAACGCACCCCCGCAUCCCGGAGCCUUGGGCCAGCAACAUCUUCUACUACGGGCAGUACGACCUCCUGAAAGCGCUGUCGCACGGGAAGCCCUGGACAUUCUCCGAAAUCCGGCCCGACGGCAUCGUCGGCUUCACGCCGAGGUCCAACGCCAUGAACAUGGCCCAAGGCAUCGGCCUCUACCUGACCAUCUACCGCGAGGUGCACGGGGCCGGCGCGGCGGUCCCGUUUCCCGGCUACGCGCACGGGUACCAUGCCAAGCACUCGGACACGUUCCAAGACAUCCUGUCCAAGAUGGAGAUUUACGCCGCUCUCAACCCGGACAAGUGCGGCGACGGUGGGGUCUUCAACAUUGCUGACGGCAAGGACGUGGCGUGGGCCGACGUGUGGCCGCGUCUCUGCGAGCACUUUGGCCUCGUCGGCCAAGGACCCGUCGUCGCAAACAAGACUCCGAUGCUGGACUUCGUCAAGGAGCACCACGACGCUUGGUCGAACUUGGCCGAGAGGUACGGCCUCAAGGAAGAGGUCGUUGAUCAGCAGGGGUGGGCGCAUACCCAUUUCAUGCUCGUUCCGUUUGACUUUGAUAGGCAGUAUGACCUGUCGCGAUCGCGUGAGGUUGGCUUCUCCGAAGAGAUCGAUACAGUCGAAGGAUAUAUCUUGUCUUGGGAUCGUAUGAGGGCUGCUAAGAUUCUGCCCCCGUUGUAG